GGAGAAUCGUCGCAGGUUGGCGCGGAACUGGGUCCCUCCAAACUUGAGCACGACGUCAAAGUCGAGUUGCCAGUACCGUCCUUGUGGCCCUUCUUUCGUUUUGAGCGAUCCGACGAGGUCACGCAGAAAGAGAAAGGAACGCGCCUUCUUCAUCUACGACCCAUUGAGCUUGGCCUGGUCGUUCCCAAAUAUAAAUGUUGGUCGUCUUGCGGCCUACUGUCCCCGGGAACACUUUCCAUGUUUCUUUGCGGCUUUGGAAAAUCAUCAAAAAGUGAGGGCUUACUUGAGGUUGGUGUAGACCAUGUCUUUACGUGCAUAGUGUGCAGAGUUGGAUGGGUG